AUCGUGGAGCCAUAACAGAGGCAUUUGACAAGGAACCUCUCGGUAGGCACCAGCUUCACUCAUCUUUGGUGUGGCAAACCUGGCAAAAAUGGCAAAGGCUCUAGUGGUGGUUGCGACUCUUCUAGUUUUAAGAAAUGUUGCAUUCAUCCAUGCCGCGUUUCCUCCCAGCCUCAUCGUUGACAUGGUACAGAUCAUCUUAGACAAUUACUGCUCCCCAGAGAAGCUGGCAGGGUUGAAGGAGGCCAUCGCAGCAGCCAGCGGCAAUACAGAGAUCCUCAAUAUUCCAGAUGGUGAGUCUUUGUCUCGAGUCCUCAGCGCUGGCCUCCAGACCACAAUCAAUGACCCACGCUUGAAGAUCUCCUACGAGCCAGACUUCGUCCCUGUGGUUGCCCCGCAGAUGCCUGCCCUGCCCCCUGAGCAACUUGUCGCAAUGCUCCAGAACGCAAUCAAGCUGGACAUGUUGGAGGGCAACAUCGGGUACAUGAGGAUCGAUCACAUCCUCGGGGAGGCGGCUGCUGACAAGAUCGGCCACAUGUUGGUAGACUUAGUCUGGAACAAAGUCCUAUCUACUUCAGGUCUAAUCUUUGAUUUGCGCCACACGAGCAGCGGGGACAUCACGGGACUCUCCUAUAUCGUCUCGUACUUCACCUCAGCCGACUCUGUGAUUCACAUCGACAGUGUGUAUGACCGUCCCUCAAACUCCACCACAAAGAUGUUGUCCAUGCCCACGCUGCUGGGGGAGAGAUACGGCACAACCAAACCUCUCAUCAUCCUCACAAGCAAGAACACCAAGGGGGUAGCUGAAGAUGUGGCCUACUGUCUCCUGAACCUGAAGAGGGCCACCGUUGUUGGAGAGAAGACCGCUGGGGGCUCGGUCAAAGUAGAUCAAUUUAAAGUUGGCGACACAGAUUUCUACGUGACGUUGCCCACCGCAAAGUCCAUCAACCCCAUCACUGGUUCAACCUGGGAGCAAACAGGUGUCACCCCUGAUGUUAAAGUCAAUGCAGAGGAUGCCCUCGCCACGGCCAUCAAGAUAGUUCAACUCCGUGCCCAAGUACCUGCCAUCAUUGAGGGAUCGGCAGCCCUGAUCGCCGACAACUACGCCUUCGAGGAGACCGGUGCGGAUGUCGCAGCAAAGCUGAAAGGGCUCCUUGAGAAUGGAGACUACAACAUGGUUGUCUCAGAGAGCGGCCUUGAAGAGAAACUGUCAGCAGACCUGAAGACCCUGUCUGGAGACAAGAGCCUGAAGACCACCACUAACACUGCAGUCCCGCCACCUAUUAAUUAUACUCCAGAGAUGUACAUUGAUCUCAUCAAAGUCUCCUUCCACACGGACAUUUUCGAGAACAACAUCGGCUACCUGCGUUUUGACAUGUUUGGCGACUUCGAGGAGGUCAAGACCAUUGCCCAGAUUAUUGUGGAGCACGUGUGGAACAAAGUUGUCAACACAGAUGCAAUGAUUGUUGACCUCAGGAACAACCUCGGCGGGCCUACAACAGCGAUCGCCGGAUUCUGCUCUUACUUCUUUGACGCCGACCAGCACAUUGUGCUGGACAAGCUGACAGACAGACAGUCUGGAACCUCCACAGUGCUCCAGACACUGCCUGAACUCACAGGUACGAGGUACGGGUCCAAGAAGAGCCUGAUCCUCCUGACCAGUGGAGCAACAGCCGGGGCAGCAGAGGAGUUUGUCUUCAUCAUGAAGAGGCUGGGCCGCGCGAUGAUAGUAGGAGAGACCACUUUCGGUGGAUCCCACCCACCCAAGACCUUCCAAGUUGGUGACAGCGACGUCUUCCUCAGCAUCCCCACAAUACACUCUGACACUAAAUUGGCGCCAUCCUGGGAAGGAAGCGGCAUUGCACCUCACAUACCCGUCGCGGCGGCGGCCGCCCUCGAAACGGCCAAGGGCAUUUUCAACAAGCACUUGGCCGGUCAGAAGUGAAUCAUGUCACAAUAAAGGUCCACCUUUGCUUUGAGAAAAUUGUUGGUGCUAGACUUGUUCAAAGAGAAAAUGUAUUUUAAGAAGAAAAUACUAUUUUAUUGUCACCUACUUGUCUGUUUGUGACGUAGAUCAACAUUUUAAACCAGCAUUUGGUGCCAGUUUUUAUUUCAUUGUGGAUUUCAUAUGAAGUAACUGUCAAAAAUAAUUGAACUCACCGAGGCUGUCACUGUUAAUGGUAUUUGUUAUUGGAUACUUUAAAUUGGGAAUGGUUUAUCAACUUGUGUCAAAAAUCAUCUUUUCAUCAUCUUUGUGAAGUGAAAACACUAAAUGUCCACUAUGUUCAUUCUGCUGUUAACUUUGUGUCAUGAAAACCUACUUGGGCCCGUGUGACAGUGGCAAGCUCAAAUUUAAAAAGUCAAUAAAUAAAAAAUGGGGGGAAAAAAACAUGCCUGUUGGUUGUCUUCUAAAUGCUUGGUUGUCUUCUAAGUGUAAAUGCUUCAUGACAUCCCAUUUUUAACCUUCAGGUGGCUCGUAUUCAUAAAUCAAGUGCAGUGGUCUUUUGUUUCAUUCAAGACAACUAACAUCUGGACAUGUCCUCAGUCAUGGCAUAAAAUCGAAAAGAAUAUUUUAUUGCACAUACUGUACACAUGUACAGUGGCUGUAAGACAUCUACACAUUUUGCCACGUGUUUGGCAGAGUUUGAUAUGUUCUGAUGGAACCAAUGUUGAACUUUCUGGCUAUAAUUCCAAAAGUAACAAGUUUGGCGCAAGCACAAUACUGCUCAUCAACUAAAGAGCACCAUACCUACGUUGAAGCAAGGUGGUGGCAGCAUCAUGCUUUGUGGCGGUUUUUCAAUAAUUGUAUGUGGGGCCUUAGACAAGGAAAUGGGGGUUAUGAGCAGUUUGAAGGCGCAAGCAGUAUAAACACAAAACCUUCGGGCUUGUGAUAGAAAGUAAAAAAAAAAAUGUCAUGAAAAUCCUAUUAGAACAUCUUAAAUUUAUUUGGGGUGAAUCAGAGGCACUUUAGAUGGUGGUGGAUGUAUGAUGACUCCCAUUUAACAUGAAUUUGAAAGUGAUUGGUUAAUUGUGCACACACAUCCCAACUAUAAAUGAGUGAGCACACUUUAUUUCAGUCUUUUCUUUUUACUUCCCUUCCUGAAAAGAUUAUUGUUUUUUUAAAUCAAUUGAGUCAUUCAGGUUAAAGGCAUUCUUAAUGGUGGAAACAGUUUUGAAAUGAUUUAUCUUGGUCUCCUUUUAUUACAUAAAAAACUUUGCAUUUGAA